AUGGCUGAAAAUGCACACUCUAUAUCAACAGCAACAGACUCUUCUGCUUAUAGCUCUGGGAAGUCAUCUACCAAGCAUGGGCACAGAAACAAAAGGUUGAAAAGUACCAAUUCUUCACGCUACAUGGUUCAAGAAACCCCCGUGCCAGUUCAAACCAAUUCAGAGAUCUCUCAAAAUUUAAAAACGUCUACCCUUACUACAACUACUACUAACAGCAAUAACGAUAAUAAUAAUGGCAAUACAAACGAAAUUGCCAUACUCAACUCAUCACCUUUAAAACAAUUAUCUCCAUCUCAACCUCUACCAGAAGUAUUGCCUACUGAACCUGAUGAAAAUCAACCUGCCUCAUUUGAACAAUCUCAAAGUACAAAAUUUCCAAUAGAUGUUAUUCCAAUCCAAUCUUCUCAUGCAACCAAUGAAAGUAGUGUUCUUGAAGAUCAACUGCUACUUGAUCGGUCAUACUGGAGCAAACAAGUGUUUGAGUUCAAUGUUGAUCCAUUAUCGUGUUCAAUUGGUACGAACCCUAUUAAUAUAAAUUCACAAAACACUAUGGAAAUCCCAACGGAAUUAUCAUUUUCAGUUUGGAGUAAUGCAUUACUUGAAUCUAUUCAACGGGAAAUGAUAUUAUAUCAAUCAUUAAUUGUCAAGCGAUAUAAAUUAUUCCAACAAUUUGAAUUCUUAAACACCAUAGUUAAUAAUUAUGCUGAUGAUUUGAUACAACAAGAGAACCAAUUGAUAGAGAAAAUAAAUCUUAUUAAAGUCAAAUUGGCAGAAAUAAUUGAACGUGGUAUUUAA